AUGGGCGUGAAUAUCAAUGCACAAGCAAAGGCUGACUCAGAGUUCUUGAAAUCUUUGAACCGUCUUCUUAAUGUAAUUUGCAAGUUAAGGUGUGCUAGGCGUACCUGCCCGAAAUUGUCAGUAAUUCAGAAUAAAAGAGAAGAGUUUCAGAUAGAGAAGAUUUCUAAAAUAGAAGUGGAUACUCAAUAUGAUUUGGGGUUAUACAAAAGGAAGACAUUCCUGGAUCUUCUAAUCACUUUUUCUGGAGAUGAAAAAGGUUAUACUAACGUUGAAUUACGAGAAGAAAUGCUAACAUUGACAGUAGCAGGUACAGACACAUCAGCAGUCGCUAUUGGAUUCACACUGGAGCUUUUAGCUAAAUACCCUAAAAUACAGGAUAAAGUUUACCAAGAAUUGUACGAAAUCUUCGACGGUUCGGAACGUGCCUUAGUUAAAGAAGAUUUAGAAAAGAUGGAAUAUUUGGACAGAGUCGUGAAGGAGUCUCUCAGAUUAUUCCCUCCAGUUCCGUUUAUCAUAAGAAAAGUUUUAGAGGAUACGAGACUGCCAUCCGGUAACGUUUUGCCUGCCGGUUCAGGGAUAAUGGUUUCUAUUUGGGGAAUUCACAGAGACCCAAAGUACUGGGGUCCGGAGGCGGAACACUUCGAUCCAGACAGGUUUCUGCCGGAGCGUUUUAAUCUCGAGCACCCAUGCUGCUACAUGCCGUUCAGUAGCGGCCCUAGGAACUGUCUGGGUUAUCAGUACGCAAUGAUAUCGAUUAAAACUUCUUUAUCUGCAAUACUGCGGAGAUACAAGGUAGUAGGUGAACCGGAGAAAGGUCCUGUUCCUCAAAUCAGGGUCAAACUGGAUAUCAUGAUGAAGUCAGUGAACGGAUGCCAGGUGGCUUUGGAGAGAAGGCCAACAAAAUAGCAUCGGGCCAACAUGUACAGUCGUAGAUUGUCAACGUAUAGUUAAAACGUAAUAGUCGACAAGUACUUAAAUAUGGUAUAUCAAAGCAAGUCUUAAGUAUACCUAUAUUUACAAUGCAAAAAAUCCUAAUCGCCAACGUACAAAUAAUGCAAAAUAUAGGGUUUAAAUAAGUUUUUUUUGAGUCUUCUUAAUAAUAUAAGUUGUUUUUUCGAGAGGUAAUACUUUGGUGUUUUUAAAAUGGUAUUAAGUUUAUUCAAAUUAUUGAUUCAUGUUAUUCUAUUCAAACGUUUCAUUAGGUACUGACAAAUAUAAAUAUAUUAACAUGUAAAUUUAUGUAACGAUGUAUAAUAUUUAAAUCGUUAUUUAAUGACGUAUUAUUGUACCAUUGUUAUUGUACUGGACAAUAUAAUAGAAUAGCGAAUAAAUAAAUAUUUUUUAAUGCGUGAACAUCAUUCUUUCG